GACAUCCUGCGCUGCUGCCAGCCAGCUCUUCAUGCGAAGCUACGGCGAAGUGGCGACGAAGAUGUGGAGAUCGAUCUCACCCACUCUGGCCGGCCGUGGUACCAACUCAUCGCCAACCACCCAGAGAUGGAGGAAAUCGUCGGUCCAGGGAUUGAGCGGUUUUCCAUCGCUGCAAGGUUGAACAAGCUGGAUCCCUACCACCAGGCGCCUGAGGUCUUCUGCGUUGCGGAACGCACAGACCAGAGCACCAGCAUGUUCAGCGAUCUGAAGCAAACGCAUGAGAUGCUGCAGAAGAGGCGAACCGAGAAGGAUGCUCGGUUCUUGCUAGGGAGCUCCUUUCAGCUAUCAUAA